GAACUCAAUUGUGAUGGGAAUGGGGGAGUAUCACCAUCGCUCAAUGUUGCAAUUGAGAAAUUAGGGGGAAAAAGAAGAAAUCAGUGUUUUUUACCCUAUUUGUUUUAGUGGAUUUGCUAAUUGAGAUUAUGUCGUUAUAGGAUUUCGAUUCAAGCUUCGAUAUAUUUGGUAUUUCACAUUUGAUUAUAACGUAACGCGCCUGAGUGAGAAUUCAGAUAGAGAGAUUGUUGAUUUGGAUGAUAAAUUAGGUCUAUUAUGAUUUAAGUGACAAUGUGUAAAUCAUAGAUGAAUUGGGUAAAUCUUUGUUCUCUGCCUGUUAUCUUACUCAAAAUUGGUUUUUGAUGCAUAUACACACGCAUAGAAUUCUUCGAUCCAAUGCAAUAUAGAGAAAGUUGGAUGUCUAUUGAUAAGAUAGAUUCAUACAGAAUGUUCAGUGGAGUAUAUAACUAGACUAUAUAUCCAGUUUCAACUCCCUUCUCUUAUGCUUAGUGAUAGCCUUCAACAAACCAAGUGGUGUUGCAGGCUUGCAGCUGACAUAGAUCCUCACGACUAACUUCCAGCUAAUUCCGUUCUUCUUUGGUCAUUAAGUCGUUGAAUGAAUGCUUGCACGAUCAUCUUCCAUGGAAACGACAAGGGGCCUAGUUUGUUUUUCCCUAGAAUUCCAGCUAUAAAUCUGGCAUCAGUGGUACAUUUUGUAUCACACUAUCACUUCAUUUUUAUGAAAGUAGUUUAGUUUUACCUCUCAUUUCCGAGUUAAAGGUAUAAUUCACUUUAUUUUAUGGUGGAGCUACUUUCGGGUGCGGGUUUCAUUGAUUGAAUAAGGACCCUAACUAGUUUUGAAUAUUGUAUAAGAAUGGAAGUUGCAUAUAGUUUGCUAGUAUUUAUAAUUUACAAUACUAGAUUCUGAAGAGUCCUUUUUGCAAAUAUUGAACUUCGACCAGAGACAUUUAUGUCUGAUGACAGAAAACAUAUGUAUUAGAACAUAAAUGGUGUUGAUUUAGUUUCUAUGACUCUCUGUCUGCACCUGGUAACUAUUAAAGGUUUUGAUUACAAUAUUAUUCCCAACCAUAGUGGAUACUCAUUGAAAGACAAUAUUUUGCAUUUUUCUUAUGAUGGAAAUACCAAGCGAGUCACCUUUGUAGCUUGUCUUUUUUUUAUAUAGACAGAAAAGGUCCUAUUCGAAAGUAUAUUACGGAUGCAUUUAUGACGUAAAUCUUUUCAAGCCAUCAACAUUGAGCAUGAUCGGUUUGUGCUGUGACUGUGCUCGCUCAUACUAAGCUUGCAUCAUCUAAAAGCCAACUGCAUCAACUCUGUAAACCCUUUCUGAUAAAUGUCCGGAAGAAACACAUUUCAGUGUCCUGCUUAGCAAAAUUGCCAGGGAUGGAGCACUUCAACGACCCUUCUAAGCUCGUAGUCAUGUUGAGUAGUACACAGAAGAAAUUGUGGAACAUGAUGCCAGAUUCAGUUAAACAAUUUCCUUGGAAGAAAGCAGAGACUGUUGCGCUAGAAGAGUUUCUCGCUUUGGCGAAGGAGGCACUGAAGUGGUGUCUGCUUGCAUACUUUGCAUUUAGCUGCCUAUCUGAUAUCUCAUAUUCUAUCUCUAGAAACAAAGAGUUGGUUAUCCCAUUGGGUCUCUUUGUUGGAAUCACGACAACCAAAUUCUUCGAUGAGAUAUCCCGAGAACUCAUGCCUGACAACCAGGAUGGACGCGUUACUUGGAGACUUCCGAGCAUAGCUUUGUUCUUCAUUUUUGUGAAGGCUAUAUCAACAUAUUUGCCUGGAGUAAAUCAUUUUCUUAUGCAUGCUGCAAACGGCGGACUGAUGCAGGUCCUGUGGAAUUGGAAAGACGUGCAGAAACACGAUGGAGACGAAUCUUCUUCGGAUGGCUCUUCGAGCCCUGUUGAUGCAGGUAUUUAGGUAGUUUCUGAGCUUGGUUAACUUCCAGUGUUGUGGUUUUUGUGACAUUUUUGAAUGAUAUAUAAUGAAUGUUAGUGUCACUUAGGUAUGUAGCCCUCUCUCAAAGGCAUUAAUCACCAUUUUUGGUUUCAUAAAAAUCUGUAACUUAUAAUAUAAUUAUAAUUUCACUAUAAGACUGUUUAUUUGAUCAUUUUAUGUAAUUUUUAAAGUUUGUAUAGACA